AUGGCCUUGCAAUCUGAACUUGACAGUCUAACUCCUUUCUCCCUCCUCACACGCAAUCUAGACUCAAAGUCUUGGCUUCCUCAACAGCCCCGUUAUUCAUUGCGUUCCCAUCGCGAUACCAUCAAUUGUAUAGCUUUCCAUCCCAAAUAUUCCUCUAUUGCCUCCGGAUCCGACGAUUUCACGAUUAAGAUAUGGGACUGGGAGCUUGGAGAAUUGGAAACGACACUCAAAGGCCAUACAAGAGCGAUUCGUGAUCUUGACUAUGGCUGCCCUCCCGGGGCCGUUGGCGUCCUGCUGGCGUCCUGCAGCUCCGACCUUACCAUCAAGUUAUGGAAUCCGACGGAUGGAUAUAAGAAUAUUCGCACGUUGCAAGGACAUGACAAUAUCGUCAGCGCAGUCCGUUUCAUACCAAAUGGGAGCUUGCUUGCCAGCGCAAGUAAAGACAUGAACAUCAGGCUAUGGGAUGUAACCAAUGGGUAUUGCGUGAAUACGAUACAAGGCCACGCUGGCUGGGUGCGUGACAUUUGCCCGUCUCUUGAUGGAAAGUUUCUCCUCUCUACUGGGGAUGACAUGACUGUUCGAUUAUGGGACAUUUCGGGAAACCCUGAAAAUAAGGUGACCAUUCAUGGUCAUGAAAACUUCAAUGUGUGCUGCGCGAUUGCUCCACCGGCCUCCUAUCAGUACCUUGCGCCAUUGGGCGGAUUGCCGAAGGUCUCAUCUGCGGGAAGUACGGCUUUGUUCAUGGCAACUGGAUCGCGGGACAAGACUAUCAAACUCUGGGAUGCUCGCGGAACCUGCCUUAUGACACUGAUUGGUCACGACAACUGGGUGCAGGCCGUUAUUUUCCAUCCCGGAGGCAGAUAUCUCCUCUCUGUCUCGGAUGACAAGACAUUACGAUGUUGGGACUUGAGCCAAGAAGGAAAAUGCGUGAAGACGCUUAGGGAUGCCCAUAAAGGUUUCAUCACCUGUUUGAAAUGGGCUCCAGGAAAAGUCAAAGACACACUCACACAUGCUGCUAGUGCCCUUGAAGGACAGACAUCAAAAGGUCCCGAGACGCUGAAAAGUGCAGGUGGAGCUGAUGUGCAGAUCCAGUGCGUCAUUGCUACAGGUAGUGUCGACCAGAAGUUACAAAUAUUCGCAGGCUAA